AUGAGCCUUUAUGCGAGCUUCCAGAACCACUAUCAACUACAGCUUCUAACAUGGUCGAUUACGCUCUCGGAUAUUGAACAAAUGCUCAACACGGCUGGCGAGUCCAGAGGGUUGCAAAUUGACCUACUCGACUUACUUCAGCUGCGUCAGGCCGCCGGCGAUCUUUUUCAUGGUUCAUCUCUUUUUUCACAACUUGGCCACAUCAACCUUCGCCCGGAGAAUGUUUCCCUAGACCGAUUAAGCCUUCUUUUUGGGACCCUUGCCAUUCACAGCUCUCCCAAUCCCAACCCACAGAUCAUGCCCGCGUUCCUUGAACUUUCGACCAUGAUGAUGGACAACUACACCGAGAUUCAACGCUGGAACUAUGUCCAUACCCAGCCUCUACGUGUUUACCUCAUGAUCUACUUUGCUAACCAGUACUGCUCCAUGACGCAUGCUAUAGCCCCGUUUAUCAACACGCCGGAAAUAUCACCGGAUCUAUUCAAUCCUCUUCUAACCAAGUAUCCAACCUUGCGAAGGUUUGUGCACCUUAUCUCACUCAAUGGCGAGGUCCUAGAAACUUUACACACUCGGCCUUACACAUACGAGAUUGUCCAAGAUCUAGAAUCCAUCAUGUGCCGUGUCUGCUCAACCAUCGGGAAGCCGAAGUCUCCCAAGGGGGACAAUGGGCAGACCUGUGAGCUCAACUAUGAGGUGCUGGUCCAAAUACAUGUAUUCUGUCUCGAGUUAUCCUACGGGCACCACUUCUCCUCUCAGAAGCACACUGGAUUCUAUCCUUGA